UCAAUGCGAUCCGCCAUUUUUAUAAUCUGAAAACUCGAGCACUUUGGGAGGAAAAAAAAUGUGAAUAACACCAUAAUUUUAAUAUAAUUUUGGAAAGGUUAUGGAUGCCAAAGUUAAAUUAGAUGGAUGCACAGAGAAUAAUUGAGUUUGACCUUUUAAACGACGGAGUGGAUAGUACAUGUAGUCAGUCAUCUUGUAGCGACGAUGAAUCGGAUGAUGGAAGACAAAUUGACCAUGAUUAUAAUUUAUCUCAAAUAAAAUUUAAAAAACAUUAUAACCGUGGGCGUUGGACAAAGGAAGAGGAUGAUAAAUUAAAAGGAAUUGUUGAGACAUAUCCUGAUUCUGUUGACUGGAGACACGUUGCAGGUCUAUUUACAGAUCGUUCUGACAUACAGUGCCAGCAUCGUUGGUUGAAAGCCUUAAAUCCAGACUUGAUCAAAGGUCCUUGGACCAAAGAGGAAGAUGAUAAAGUUGUAGAACUGGUUAUUACAUACGGACCUAAACGUUGGACAUUGAUAUCUAAACAUUUACGAGGACGAACAGGAAAACAGUGUAGAGAAAGGUGGCACAAUCAUUUGAAUCCUGACAUAAAGAAGACUGCUUGGACAGAACAAGAAGAUAAUUUAAUAUAUCAUCUACACAAAACAUUUGGUAACAGGUGGGCAGAAAUAGCUAAAUAUCUACCAGGCAGGACAGAUAACGCUAUUAAAAAUCAUUGGAAUUCUACGAUGAAAAGAAAGUGUGAAUUAGAGGAAGCAAGAGAGAAAGUGCAUAACAAUCCCCCUGUUUAUACCCAUCCCUAUACACCUAGUUCAACCAGUAAUAUUAUACAGGGAAUAGUUCCAAUACAACUCUUUCCUAAUGCUGCUGAUAGUAAUAAUUGUGAAACACAAAAUCCAAAUGUGGUAAAUAUAAGGGAUCAUGAUGAACACUGUACACCGUUAAAAUCAUUUGUACCACUUGGAGUUAGUGAUGGUAUCAAAGAUACUGGAUUUGGUGGUUUAUCAUCAUUAGAUCUGAUAGGUGGUACUCAAUCUAGAACAGGAGUUACACCUAUUAAAUUUACUAGAUUAAAUGAGAAAGGAACAACAGGGAUCCGGUUUGAUGGUCAUGCUGUUGGUAAAUUGAAGAGUCCAGGAACUUUAAUACCUAUUUUAUCACCAGCAGCCUCUAAGCUUAAAUCACCUCCUGCUAUACUACGAAAAAGUAAACAUCGAAAGAAACCUGGUAAAAGUGAAAGCAUCAAAUCAUCCAAUGUUGUAGAAAAAGUUGUAGAGAAUAUUGAAAAUGAAGGUCAUAUGUCAACUAUGUUGGGAACUUUAACCCCUACAACAACACCAAUAAAAAAUCUACCUUUCUCGCCAUCUCAGUUUUUGAAUAGCCCUGAUAUGUGUUUACCGUUUUCUGGUAAAGCAACAUCUACACCGGUAUGUAGUCGUAGUCAGUCAUCUAGUUCUGGUAUAGAUACAUUAUAUACAACUGUUAAAUUUGAUUUAAGUAAUAGUAAGUUACAUACACCAGUUGUACAGAGAUCUAUGUUAGAAAUGUCACCUAGAACACCAACGCCAUUCAAAAAUGCAAUGGCUGAGAUACAGAAAAGAGCUGGACGAAUCAAUAAAUGGAGUCCAAAUCAAUUAGAAGAUAUAGGAGAAGUUAUAAAGAGUGAAUGUGAUACAGGGUAUGAAGCUGAUAUGUCUGUUAUAACACCUAUAUCUGGUAAAUCUUCUAAAAGAAAAGUCAUCAAGAUACAAUCAAGUAAUAAACGAGCCCGACAGUCAUUAGAACAGAAAUGGACAAGUCAGUCUAUAAAUAGAUUGCAACCAGAAGUAUCAUUAUUAUCCCCAGAAACACCGAGCAAGUCAUUGGUAGGAGAUACUAGUUUAGUAUUUUCUCCACCAUCUAUUAUAAAAGAAACUUUACCAGAAGGUGUGCUAGAAGAUAUUUUUACACAACCCAAACUAAAUACAAAUAAAGACAAGAAAUCAAGUAAAAGGAUAACUUUCUGUGAGACACCACCAAAAUUUACAAAAUUGGAACAUAACUAUGAGAGAGUUGCUUGUGGAAAAACUAAAGAUCAAACAGAUAUGACUGAAUUAGCGCGUCAUUAUCUUUUAUCACUGAAACCAAGAACUCUAAUAUUAUAGAGUUAUACUAUUUAUUAAAAUGUUUGUCAUUCUGGGAUUGUACAACUAUGAGUUAUUAGUUCAGAUACCAUAUUCAUUUCUAAAUAAUUUGUGUGAAUAUGGAUGAUAAUGGAUUUUUAUAUUAAGAAUUAAUAAUUUUCUUCAAAGUGAAAUAUUACAGCAUAUAAAUUGAUACAAUCUGUAUUUAUUAGAUGUAUUUCUAGGGGGAUAUCAAAACACAAAAAUAGAUUAUUCAGCUUAAGCUUCUAUCAUUUAAACAAUCAGAUAAUAUUUGCCUUCACUAUGUAUAUUAUAUUGAUGCAACAAAUAGUAAUAACUGUUAAUAUAUUUAUUAUUUUAUCGGCUUUGAACAGUUCAUUAAACAUUUUACAGUUCAGAAACAUUUGUAGAACAGACUAUUUAAUUCCUUUCAAUUAAAUACUAUUACACUAUUAAUACAAAAUAAUUAAAUUUGCAAUGUUGAAGAUAGAGAAGACAAGUAAAACUAAACCACUUUGACCAUUUAUGUGUUUUCAUUUUAAAAGUUAAGAAUGAAAAAAAAAUAAUCAUUGAAUGUUUCCGUCAUAAAAACUCCUGACAUUGGCAGUACAUAUAUGUUAUUAAAUAUUGGACUGUAAUACAUGUAUUAUAGACAUUUUAUUACUGACUCUCUAUGUUGACUUAUUUAAUUGUUUUUGUGUAGAUAUAGUUUUAGUGAAAAAUUGUCUUUAUAUUUAUAAUAUGUGUAGUGUAUACAAGUUAUCAAAAAAAAAUGUAGAUAGCAUUUUUUGUAAUAACUUUUGUUUUGUUUAGUAUUUGGUUUUUUGAAUUUUUCUGUCAAUGUGUGAACUGCUUAGAUGUGAAAGAGAAAGUAUUUUUAAAACUCAACGUGUUAUUUUUAGUUUGAAUUGUCUUUAUCUGAUAUCGACAUUACUGAGAACAAACAUUUUAUGGAAUCUGUAGAACUUUUGUCUAUGACACCACAUAUUUAUCAGUUUAUAUAAGUAUUACCGAUUGGACAGUUGUUAUAUUAGUUCUCAUGUUUGACUAUUACUUGUUAUUAAUGACACCAUAGAAAGAUUUCAUAAUACCAUUAUGUCCAGUUUAUUAAUAUUAUCCUCAGUGACCAUUAUGUACAAUUAUUUCUAUUAUUGAAUGUCAUAUUUAUACAGAUUAUUGCUUGCAAUAUAUUUCAAUUCUUAUUCUCAAGAAAAUUACUGUUUUCCUUUGCAGAAGUAUUUUGUCAAAUGUUAUCAAAUCAAGCCAUUGAUACUACAGUAAAUCUAUUGCAACUUUAGUCGCUAAAAAAGAAAAAGUUUUUAAAGUAAUUAUGUAUGUAUGAAGUAUUUAGUUAGGUGUUUAGUAUUUAACUUAUUUUAUAGUGAUAUGGUGUAUAUCAUUUGUAUUUGUUGUAUUAUCUAUGAUUUUAAUUAUAAAAUAAUUGUAUAUUUUAAGAUGAUGCGAGUGCUAGAAUCUAUGUGUGUUAGAAUAAAAUCUAAAAAAAGAAAAAAUGAAAUAAACUUUUGUACAUACAGAAUAAAUCUUUUUGUAGCCAGUA